AUGCCUUCCAUCACCCUCCAGAACGGUAAUCGCCUGUUCUCGGCCUACAGCUCCCAUCCUCAGUCUGCUAUCGCCAACCUUAGCAACUUCGAUAGGGUGAUCUUCUUUCUCCAUGGUUUCCCAGACAACAACAAGUCGUACGACAAAGUUUUGCCUUUGAUCAAGGCCAACUAUGGCAAAAAGAAAGUGUUGCUCAUUGCUCCUCUCUUGAGAGGUUACGAACCUUCGUCUCAGGGCCCUGAUACAGAAUACAAGAUGUCUGAUAUCGCUGGAGACGUGAAAGCGUGGAUCUUGCAAAUUGUGCCCAACAAAGAAGUGCCCGUCCACCUUGUGGGCCAUGAUUGGGGUGCCAUUGUCACGUUCAAGACGGCCCAGUUGUACCCUGAGCUUCUCACCUCCACCGUGACGUUGGCGAUUCCCUACAUUGCCAAUCUUCGUCCUUGGCAUUACCUUUUCUAUGCUCCUCGUCAGUUAUACUGCCUGACGUAUUUCUUCACCAUGCAAUAUGCGUUCAUUUACCGCCAGAAGUUUGGAAACUUACUUGAGCCGGGCUAUUUGGAUGAAUUGUGGAAGUUCUGGUCUCCCAAGUGGGAUUUCAAGGAGGAAAUCGACUCCGUGAGGCAGACUCUUAAUGAGCCUGGUGUGCUUGAUGCCGCCACCGCGUAUUAUCGUAAUUUGUUCAGACCUAGUAUCAUUCACGAGCGCAAGUGGCUAGUGGACUUCGAAAAGGUGCCUACCUUGAUCUUGGGCGGUGAACACGAUGGAUGCAUGGUAUCUGACUUGUAUGACUUGGAGGCCAGGUUAUUGGCGUCGACACCUAAGGUGAAGGUGCAGUUGUUGAGCGGUGUCGGUCACUUUUUGCACAGAGAGGACCCUGCCAAGGUUGCUGAGCUUAUUUGUGACUGGUUUGAAAAGUACGACCAAUAA